CAAAUUGUGCCCAAAAUUUCUAGGAUUCUCUCUGUUCUAUUCUCUUGCACGGAGGACGCUCUGUCCUGUAAGACUCUGCGUUUGGGACAUUGGGCUGGAACCCCUUAUCUCCCUUUUGGACACCGAUUUUCCCUUCGCUGACUUUCCUGCCGGGAUUGAUUAAACAACCGCAAGACAGCAGCGCAGGCUGUUCCUGCAACGAUGGACGAACAGAAAUUCUUGGAGCAGCUCUCGAUCAUCCUCGAUCCAAAGAAAGGCAGCGUCAAGGCUGCCACGGGUAUCCUCCAGAACCAAUACUACAAACAGCCAGAAUCCCUCCUUGCCCUCAUCCACCUCGCCAUUUCCCACGAAAGCGCAGACCUCAAACAACUGGCCGCGACCCAGGCGAGGCCCUUGGUCUCGAAACACUGGACCAAGAUCCCCAACAAUCAGCGCCAACAUGCCCGAACGCAGCUUUUCCAGGCGACUCUUGCUGAGCCCUCCUCUCUCGUCCGACAUUCGUCUUCCCGCCUGAUAAGUACAAUUGCCAAGAUUGAUCUCGACGAUGGCGAAUGGCCUGAACUGCCUGGCAUGUUGCAGCAAGCUGCCACAAGUUCAAAAGCCGCCGAGCGCGCGGUCGGCGUGUACGUGCUUUAUAGCAUUCUAGAAACCAUGGGAGAUGGCUUCAGUUCCAAAUUCAAAGAGUUAUUUGCAUUGUUCAGCAAUACAAUCAAAGACCCAGAGAGCCUGGAAGUCCGAGUCAACACCCUGCUGGCCAUCUCCAAAAUGGCGCUUGUUAUCGACGCCGAAGAAGACCAGGCUUCAAUCAAGGCAUUUCAAAACGUUUUCCCAUCCAUGGUUGCAGUUCUGAAAGACACAAUCGACUCGGGCAAGGAAGACCAGAUUAUGCUCGCCUUCGAGGUCUUCAAUACCCUCCUGGGGGCCGAGUACCAGCUCAUGUCGAAGCAUUUUCAGGACUUGGUGGUCUUCAUGAACGAGAUUGCAACCAAUAAAGACAUGGCUGACGACACAAGGACUCAAGCCAUCAGCUUCUUGAUGCAGUGCGUCAUGUAUCGACGCCUGCGAGUCCAAGGUGCCAAGAUGGGGGAGCCGUUGACCAAGAGCAUGUUACAAAUUGUCACUGAGAUUGACGACGCUUCCGCUGACGACGACGAAAUCACGCCUGCCCGCUCAGCUCUAGGUCUGAUCGACACCAUGGCCCAAAGCCUCCCUGCCAACCAGGUCGUCGUCCCAUUGCUGAACGCGCUCCCCGAGUACUCCAAAAGCUCCAACCCUAAACAUCGACAAGCCGGCAUCUUGGCUCUUGGUAUGGCAGUUGAAGGAGCUCCAGAUUUUCUCAGCACCCAGCUUUCCUCGGUGCUGCCAAUCCUCUUCACGCUUCUGGAGGACUCGGAGGUUAUCGUCAGACAAGCUGCUCUGCAGACCACGGCCAGGCUGGCCGCCGAUAUGCCAGAGGACAUCAGCAAGGCACAUGAGAAACUGAUGCCGCUGCUCGUCAAGAAUCUGACCGCAGCCAUGGGUGCUUACAAGGGUGAGGAGGAAGGGCCUACUGUCGACAUUAUGAAGUCCGCAACAAGUGCUAUCGAAGCAGUCGUGGACGGGAUGGAUGCCGAAGAUGCUGUUCCUUACCUCGAUAAGUUGGCCCCACUGCUUCAACAGCUCUUUAAGCACCCAGAUUCCAAGAUCAAAGCGUUGGCCGCGAACGCUUUGGGCUCGUUGGCCUCUACGGUCGAAGCACCUUUCUUGCCCUACCUUCGCGAUUCUAUGAAUGCUAUGCAAGAAUACAUCACAAAGAAGGAGAGCGAGGAGGAACUUGACCUUCGCUCCAGUUGCACUGACGCAAUGGGUGAGAUGGCCGUUGCCGUUGGUCCAGCUGAGUUCAAGGACUACGUACGGCCGCUCAUGGAGACCAGUGAAGAGUCCUUACGCCUUGAGCACUCGAGACUCAAGGAGAGCACCUAUAUCCUGUGGGGCUCUCUCGCCAAGGUCUACGAGGCCGACUUUGCACCUUUCCUGGAUGGAGUGGUAAAAGGUCUUUUUGACUGCAUUGACCAAGAAGAAGCCGAUCUGGAAGUGGAGCUCGGCGACAGUGCGAGAGAUUUGCUCGGCAAGGAGGUGACGAUCGCCGGGAAAAGGGUCAAGGUCGCCGUGGCGGACGACGAUGAUGAAGACGGGGACAUUGAGGAUAUCGAGAUUGAUGGCGACGACGACGACAGCGAUUGGGGUGAUUUCGCAACCGUCACUCCUAUUGCUCUCGAGAAGGAGAUCGCCAUUGAGGUGAUCGGUGACGUCGUCUCCAACACCAAGACGGCGUACCUGCCGUUCUUUGAGAAGACGAUCGAAAAACUCCUGCCGUUGGUGGAACACAGCUACGAGAACGUGCGCAAGGCCACGAUCAGCACAUUGCAUCGCGCGUAUGCUGCCCUUUACGACAUCUCGGAAGAAUCGGGCGAGCUCCAAAAAUGGAAGCCUGGCCUGCCACUCCAAGUUGAACCGACGCCGGUACUGAAAAAGUUUGGAGAGGUUCUGAUGAAUGCAACGUUGAACGUCUGGCCCGAGGAAGAGGACAGUACUGCCGUCACUGAGAUCUCGCGAGCCCUCUCCGAGAACCUCAAAAUGACGGGUCCCGCCCUCCUCAGCUAUCCUGACGUCCUCUCCAAGAUCGUCCAGACAGUGACUGAUUUGAUCACGAAGAAACACGCGUGCCAAAUUGAUAUGGGUGGAGAGGCCCUGGACGACGAAGACUUGGAAUCCACAGAAAUGGACUGGCUUAUCGUCGACAGUGCCAUGGACGUUAUCUCUGGACUUGCGGCUGCGCUUGGCCCAAGCUUCGGGGAGCUGUGGAAGAUUUUUGAGAAACAGGUCCUGCGAUACGCAAGCGGUGGAGAAGCCCUGGGCCGCGCAUCUGCGUGUGGGGUGCUCGCUGAGAUUAUCACGGGCAUGGAGGGUGCCGUCACCCCAUUUACAUCGCAGAUGCUGAACGUUCUCCUCAAACGACUCGGAGACGAAGAUCCUCAGACGAAGUCCAACGCAGCCUACGCGGUGGGUCGCCUGGUCGAGAAAUCUGAGGAUGACGGCAACAUUGUCAAGGCCUACCCUCAGAUCCUCUCGAAGCUGGAAUCGAUCCUGCACAUCACGGAAUGCCGCUGCCAGGACAACGCGGCGGGAUGCGUCUCUAGGCUGAUCCUGAAGCACAAGGACAAAGUGCCUAUUGAGCAGGUCCUCCCCGCUCUUGUCAACAGCGGCAUCUUGCCUUUGAAGGAGGAUUAUCAAGAGAAUGAGCCAGUGUGGACAAUGAUCGUCCAGCUCUACCGCGAUCAGAACCCGACGAUCCAGCAACUCACGCCGAAGCUGGCUCCGAUCAUGAUGAGCGUGUUGGGUGAGCCGACGGAGCAGUUGACGGAUGAGGUGAGAGAGCAGGUCCAGGCGCUGGUGGAGCAUCUGAAGAGCAUGCACUAGGGAGAGCGCAACCCGUGCCCGUGAUAUCUGUCCGCUGAUCGCGAGCAGUGCAACACGCUUCCACCACUGGGGGAGCGAGGGACACGGUGGCUGUCGUUGGGAGUGGGGAAGAAAAUCACCCAUGACGGAACGACAGAUGAAGAUGUUGGAUGUUUUUUCACGUGUCACGAAAUGAACGUCAUUGAGCACACUUAGACCUAGAGAUACCAUGUGUCAUGCCGGAUACAAUGCAAUGCCCAGGGGCUGUUAUGAAGAACAGAGAGACCAGUUGGUGACAUGCAAAGCGACAGGAGCAAGCAGCAUUGGAUUGAUCUUCUGCCACCUCUUUCGCGCAAGCCAGGGCGUGAGCCCACAAGGCUGUGCAGUCUCUACCACUCGGUUUGAACCUCGAGAAGAUGUUCAGUACGGAGCAAUGCAUACCACCAUUUCCGUCCAUGCACAUGCGAACCAAGCCAUGCCCACAUCCCCAUAAUAGUACUCCGUAUACUUCCCAUGUCCUCGGCCCUCCGC